AUGGGCCUGGGCAAAGUAGAUGGCCCCAACUCCUGGUGGGCCUACCAUAUCGUCCUUGGUUUCGUGCCUAAAGAUACCUAUGAUGAUGAAGAAAUGUUUCAAUUAUUUUUGUUGUGGCCUCACCAGAACGGAUCAUUGAAUGUGGUGAUUCUUGAGUUGGUGUUUGCUUUUGACCAGCCAUCUAAUCAAACCAAUGUCAAAUGGGUGGACCCUAUUCCUCGAGUGCCAGCAGCGAAAGUCACUUUAAAAAAGAAAAAGAUGGUUCUCUAUAACAUGAUCAGGAUGGGGGCAGAAACCAGAAAGAAAAAAGAAGAAGAAGAGAAAGAUAAGGGUCACAAAAAAGGUUAA